UGCAUCCUCCGUGUCUGCUUCCCUUCCCUGUAUCGGCGUAACAGAGCAUCGUUCCAAGUACGACCAAGCGUGUAUUCUUCGUUCUUGUUUUACGUUGAAAAUGUGAAUCGUGAGAGUCGGAAAAUAUAAGGAGACAGGACAUUGUGAUGCUGUCAAAGUGCAAAGCCCGUCAGACGCUCGUCUUCGUACUGCGCUGCGACGCGUACGAUCGUGUUUGACGUUUGCACGUGAAUCGUGCCGAUCAAUCCCAGUCUACGACUUUCGGAGCUGCUGCUGAUCGUAUACAGGUUUAUAUAUGCUACUACCUAUAAUCAGCGGGGCCUAGCGCCGCCGCGUCGUUAUGCGGCCGCGUUGGUAGCGCAAAAUAACACUGACCACACGUUGUACACACACGCUACAGUGAGUAUAGGUGUACCACGGAAUAUACAGUCUUCCAGUUAGCGCGAGGCGUGCUGACUCGCGGAGUGCGGACUUACUCUAUACGGAGGAUCGGAGAGCACACAGUACAGGCAAAGCGCGCGAACAGGGCGCGUCGAGUUCGCUGCGUAACCUGUGUUUACGUAAAGAUGGCGGCGGCGCGCAUCUAUACGCUACCACUGCUGCUACUCGUCCUUCCGAUUUUCGGACAGAUUCGCGAUCGGGACCAAGAGGCCGAGCGACAGCAACGCGAACGCGACCAGCAGGUCAGGAAUCGAUACAAUAAUGGCCCGUACUUCGGGCCCGUGGGUUACGGCCCGCCACCACCGCCUCAAGGACAGCAGACUUACUUUUACAAGGAUCGCCUGUACGGCUACCAUCCGAGCCCCUACGACACCUACAACUACAAUCGUGAGCCGCCCAGGACGCACGAGGAUAGAUACCACUUUGAUGUAACUGAUAGAACUCCCUUACCUGGAGUACUUGGAGGAUUUCGACCAGACCUUCAAGGAAGAGAACGACCUGACUCUAAAAACCUUGACCGAGAUGUAUUUGUUUCAACUCAUUACGGAAAUGUUCAAGGUUUCAAAGUAUACCUUUAUGAUCAUCCUGAAGCUAGACAUAGACCAUGGAGUCUUCCAGUUGAAAGAGUUACAGCUAGUGUCAAUGUCUUCCUUGGAAUACCAUAUGCAAUGCCACCUACAAAAGAUGGGAGAUUCAAACCCCCAAGAACUCACAAAGGCUGGCAUUUGAUGCAGGCAGUGGAUUGGGGACCAGCAUGUCCACAACCUAGCCAAUAUACAGGAACUACAAAAGGAGUAAGGGAUGUAGAUGAGGAUUGCUUGUAUUUGAAUAUUUUUAGUCCAAAUGUAAACUCGGGCUUAGCAAGAAAUUAUCCUGUUAUGUUUUAUAUUCAUGGUGGAGAGUUCAUUCAUGGAGCAAGCAAUCUGUUUCCAGCUCACAUGCUUGCUGCAUUUUAUAAUGUAACAGUUGUUACAUUUAAUUACCGUAUUGGAGCUCUUGGAUUUCUUAGUACAGGAGAUGAAAAUAGUCCUGGAAAUUAUGGAAUACUUGAUCAAGCAAUGGCUUUAAGAUGGGUUUAUGAAAAUAUCAAAUUCUUUAAUGGAGACCCAGAAUCGAUUACCUUAUUUGGUCCUGGAGCAGGUGCAGCUAGUGCUGGUCUUUUGAUGGUUGCCCCAAGAACUCGUCAGAUGGUUUCCAAAGUUAUUGCUCAAUCAGGUUCAGCUUUAGCAGAUUGGGCUCUCAUAGUGGAUAAGUAUAGAGCUCAAAACACUUCUCGUGUCUAUGCUGAGAUGCUUGGCUGCAGUAUUGAAAGCAGUUGGAAAUUAGUGCAGUGCUUGAACGUUCGUUCGCCCUUAGAAUUAGGUAAUGCCGAAUUUCAACCAAAUGUAGGUAUGUUUCCAUGGGCUCCAGUGCUUGAUGUCAAUUUCACUAUACCGAGAGACUAUUACGAUUCAUGGAGUGCUUCUGAUUGGCGUUUUUUCACUGAGGAACCAGAAGAAAGUAUUAAGAAAGGAAAAUAUCGAAAAGAUAUUAUGUACAUGGCGAGUGUUACAACUCAAGAAGCUUCGUUUAUUUUAUACAACAAUGUGACAUUAGCCAGAAAUGAAUAUGUUAUAACACCAGAAAUGUUUGAUCAAAAAAUUUGGGAAUUAGUUUUACGAUAUAAUUACACUCUAAAUCCUUUGGGAGUGUACGAAGCAAUAAAAUACAUGUAUACCUACUGGCCUGAUCCGAAUAACGUAACUCAUAUUCGAGACCAAUACAUAAAUAUGUUGUCAGACUUCCAUUACACUGCACCUAUGGACAAAAUAGCCAAACUUCUGGUUCAAAAAAAUAUUCCUGUGUAUUUAUAUGUUCUUAAUACAACGAUAGAGGCAUUUGACCUUCCUUUAUGGAGAAGAGUUCCUCACGAUAUCGAACACUUGUUGCUUUCUGGUGCUCCAUUUAUGGAUGUUGAAUUUUUCCCCGAAAAAUUAAAAUUAAGAAGAGACAUGUGGACCGAUAAUGAUAGAAAUAUGAGUCAUUUCUUUAUGAAAGCUUACUCCAAUUUCGCAACUUACGGUAAUCCAACGCCUGCUCAAAUUCUGGGAUUACACUUUGAUAUGGCAAAAUUCGGUCAUCUGAAAUAUCUAAACUUGAAUACCACAUAUAAUAGUUCUAUCCAGUACAACUAUCGGCAGACUGAGAGUGCUUUUUGGUCUCAAUAUUUACCGACUGUCAUAGGCCGGUUAGUACCUACGUAUCCACCUGUGACGGAGUUUUGGUGGGAACCGACACAACCUUUGCAGAUCGCAUUUUGGUCUAUGACAUCGGCAUGUCUCUUAUUAAUUGUUAUGGCAGCGGUUUGUUGUAUGCUUUGGCGCAAUGCCAAGAGACAGUCCGAUCACUACUAUAGCGGAGAUAUCCUGAUGGUCAGGGAUGACGACGCCUCCGAGGGAAUCGACAAUUUAAGCCGCGCUUCCAAGGAGAAUGUCUACGAGUAUCGUGAUGCACCUCCAUCAUUUCGUCGGAAUCCUCGUGUUCAAGAUAUUCGUCUACAGGAUCGGCUAGCCCAAAACCGCAAAUUUGCUUCUACGCCAUCGUUACGUAGCAAUUCGAAUAAUUCGUUAAAAGACGUCAGAGCGGAGGGGUUUGUCACUAGCUCACCCAAUGGACAACCCAGAGCAGUUAUGAACAGAGCAUCCAGUCAAAGUAGUCUACCUAAAAGCAGAAGCAAGACGCAUUUGGUCCAAGGUGUUCCUCAGACAGCGGUGUGACCGCGGUGCUUCAGUGCAUUUUGAAAAUAUCCUUCUUUUAGGAUUUGUUUGAAUUCAAAUGAAUUUGUUCAAGCCUUAGUGUUGAUUGUGGACAAUUUUAUGGAGUUUUAACUUACGCUCAUCUCAAGUGUUUUAAUGUACAAAAUGGUACUAUUCGACUUUACAUUAUUUCUCAAAAGUGCAAAUAUUUCAGUUGGUCAACACGUAGAUUGCAUAGAUUAGCGCACAGUAGAUUUUCACAUUCCAAUAAACUUGAAUGUAGAUUUAAGUACAGAAAAUUUUUAUAGUGCAUAAUGCAAUGCAAUAGAUUAUCAUGAUUACCAUUUUGUUGGCUGUCAAAGUAGUAGAUUUUACACUGGAUUAAUUAUAAUAUCAAUGAUAGUUUUUAGGAGCAUUUUUUUUUAUGACGAAAUAAUGCACUAUCAAUCGUUAUUACU